AUGAAGGAGAAGAAAUCUUGUGUCAAAUCUUCACCACAAGAGCAAUCUCUUUCUUCUACAAAUUCAAUUAUAAUUAUUCCAGAACCUGAUGUUUACUUACCAGAUGACUGCUGGGAGCAUGUCUUCUCAUUCAUCAUCAGCCAACCGGAAGACAAAAACAAACUCAAGUUCAAAUCUCUAUCUAUCGUCUCUAAACAAUUUCUCUCCAUCACCAACCGUCUCAUAUUCUCUAUGAAAAUUGAUCAUCUUCAUCUUUGUUAUCUCUCCCGUUUCUUCCAUCGAUUCUCCAACCUUAAUUCCCUUGACCUCUCCUUCGGCUACCGUGAUCUCGAUGCCGCCAUUGCUCUGGCUCUCCGCGACAGACCAUCAUUAAAAUCUUUAUCUAUUUCCAGGAUCGACCUAACUCAUGCAAACUACAUUAAUUCAUAUUACAUUGAUUCUUUCGUGAGUUUGAAGAGUUUGAAUUCUCUUAAGUUCUCGUGUUCUGAAAUAUCUGAUCAUUUGCUUUACGCUAUUGCAAGAGAAGCUCUUCCUUUGAAGACUUUUGUUCUUCAAAACUGUACCGGCGGCUAUAGUUACCAUGGAAUUUAUAGUUUAUUAUCCAAGUGUCACGGGAUACAAUAUUUGGGUCUUCAAGAUGUUGAUUUUCUAAAUAAUCAUCAUCUUUCCCGCUUUUCUUUGCUUCUUCCUGAUUUGUUAUCUAUAAAUCUUAGUGGACGUUCCAAGCUCACCGAAUCAGCUUUGUUUGUACUCGCUAACUGUCAUUCACUUGGCGAGAUCACAAUGGAACACACUAGGAAAGAGAGGGAAGAAAAUUCUGAUGCUUUGAAAGAUUUUGAUGUCAACCCUCGAUUAAAGUUUCUACAUUUGUUUAGCAAUUUAUUUAUAAACGACCACACCAUCCCAUUGUUUGCUUCCAUGUUCCCCAGUCUGCAGCUUCUCGAUUUGAGUUAUUGCCAUGGCAUAUCUAAAAAUGGUAUUAGUCAACUUCUUAGUAGAUGUUCAAAGCUUACACAUCUGCACUUGACCUAUUGUGGAAAAGUGACACGAUUUAAAUUGAACUUUGUAGUUCCCCAGCUAGAGUUGUUGAACUUGUCUGGUACAUUUGUGGAUGACAAAACACUCUAUGAGAUCUCAAAGAGUUGCGGUGGGCUUUUGAAACUAUAUCUGAUAAGUUGUAAAUAUGUCACGGAAAAGGGAGUGAUGUGGUUGGUUAAAAAAUGCAAACAACUUAAGGAGAUCGAUUUGAGAGGUUGUGAUGCAGUGAAUGCCGAGGUUAUUCUGUCAAUGCUUUCACCAAGGUCAUCAUUAGAAAAAGAUAGUUGCUCCUCUGAUGUUCUGCUGAAGUUUUGA